CUCGGUUCGACAGUGGUUGCCCGUGUGUGUCUCGAGCUCCGUAAAAAAAGCAUCAUGGUGCGUUGGAAACACUCGUUAAAAAGAUCAAAUUCCGCUGGUUUUGCAGUGAAAACACACACACACACACCUGCUGCUGUGCGCCCAAGAAAGCGAGGGAGGCUUCCUCCAUUAAAGCACCACCGGCUGAAGUGUGUUUUUAUUGGACCGAGUGACUCCAACAGCAUCCCAAUAGCAGUGAGAGUGGGGAGUGAAAAAAGUGCCGUGGAGCAUGCAGCAGUGGGAGGAUCCACCUUCAAUCUGGAUCCAAGACUUGUGCUGCCACAGGAACACAACCAAACAACCAUCCCGAGAGUUCCUGCAGGACUCCGACUCUCUGCUAUCUGUUUGGGAUAUUGUCAACCGCUCCGCUUCCGCUGGCUUUUCACUGCUUCGCUGCUCAACUGCCCGCAGUUUUUUCGUGUGCGGCGAACAACUUCUUUCCGCGAAGACAUUUGCACUGUUCGGUGCCGUCGGCUUGGAGGGGAACAACACUUUGCUACCUCGCUUCGGAUCAUAAUAUUGACAAUACUAAGGUCCGGUGUGACGACAGCGGCUCUCCGCCGGAGAACAGUCCGACACGUGCAUCAUGCUGGACGGCAUCAAGAUUGAGGAUCAUCCGCUGCGAUCGGGGCAAGCCACGCUGGGAGUCAUGCUCGGCAGCGAUUGUCAUCACCCCGCCGUGUGUGAGGGAUGCCACCGUCCCAUCUCGGACCGCUUCUUGAUGCGGGUCAACGACUCCUCAUGGCACGAGGAGUGUUUGCAGUGCACUGUGUGUCAACAGCCUCUCAUUACCAGCUGCUACUUCAGAGAACGGAAACUGUACUGCAAACACGACUACCAACAGUUGUUUGCCACCAAAUGCAGCGGCUGCAUGGAGAAGAUCGCCCCCACGGAGUUUGUGAUGCGAGCGCUGGAGUGCGUCUACCACCUGAACUGCUUCUGCUGCUGCGUGUGCGACCGCCAGCUCAGGAAAGGGGACGAGUUUGUCCUCAAGGAGGGUCAGCUGCUGUGCAAGGUGGACUACGAGAGGGAGAAGGACUUACUCAGCUCGGUCAGCCCCGAUGACUCAGACUCAGAGAAAAGUGACGAUGAGGAGUUGGACAUCAAGCCGGAGAAAGGGAUUGGAGGCCAGGGGAAGGGGGAUGACGGGAAGGAUCCCAGGAGGCCCAAGCGGCCGAGAACCAUCCUGACGACUCAACAGAGGCGGGCGUUCAAGGCCUCUUUUGAGGUGUCCUCCAAGCCCUGCAGAAAGGUGAGGGAGACGUUGGCUGCCGAGACGGGACUCAGCGUUCGGGUGGUCCAGGUGUGGUUCCAGAACCAGAGAGCUAAGAUGAAGAAGUUGGCCAGAAGACAGCAGCAGCAACAGGAACAGCAGAACUCUCAGAGACUCGGCCAAGAGGUCAUGUCGAAUCGGAUGGAGGGGAUGAUGAACUCCUUCACACCUCUGGCUCCGCCGCAGCAGCAGCUGGUCACUAUGGAUCAAAAUGGUUACAGCACAGACCCCUUCCAACAGGGGCUCACCCCCCCACAGAUGCCUGGGGACCACAUGAAUCCAUAUGGUAAUGAUUCCGCAUUCCACGACAUAGACAGCGACACUUCUCUAACCAGCCUCAGCGACUGCUUCAUGGCGUCCUCAGAAGUCAACUCCAUGCAGGCGCGCGUGGGGAACCCCAUCGACCGCCUCUACUCCAUGCAGAACUCUUACUUUGCCUCGUGAAAGAGAGGAAGGAGCGCACCGAAUAAACUGCCCAUCUCAAGCUAAAGCACGAAGGCACCAGGAAUUUCAACGCAGGACAUAAAGGAGGCUGGGAGUCAGCAGAACCACUCGAGAAGAUUCCUGGGGACAAAAGACUUGUUCAUUGUUAGUAACGACUCAGUAGGACGUGUUCACUUAGAGGAAUCGUGCAGAAUCGAAGCCACUUACACUCUGAAACCAAAUAACUCGGUGAAUUUAUCCAGUGCAUGAUCAGUUGUAAAGCUUUUUUUUUUGUAAGCCCCGCCCCCUCUGGUUAAGAUGUGGUGUUUCUCCUUCACACUGCUCCCAUGUUCUCCGUUAGCGUUUUGAUCAUAGGCGUAGAUGUUGUGUUGAUAGUUCAUAGGCGCAGCAUGUCUGCAAGAGUGACUGUACAUUGGUGUAUGUCGGAGCGCUGAGGACGACUUGUCUGGAGAAACGCAGGAUCAGCAAAGUGUAAAUACUCUCCCCGGGCAAAUUGGAUGUGCAUGUUAAAAAUGGAAAGCAUUCUAUUUAUUUAACUAUAACAGGCUCUUGAAGGUACAUAUUAAAAGUGAAAAAGCUUUAUUUAAAAAAGGAGAGCAUUUUUUUUUUUUUGUUGGUUUUUUUAGUCGUCAUACUCAUCGGUAUGCCUUUUUAAUAUGAAGAUUAACCCUUUCGGUUCUCUAUUGUUGUUGUUUCCAGCCAAGCUGUAAAUGAGCAAGUUGCUAUUUAUUUCGUACAAACCAUAAAGCCUUUGUUGUCAUUGUCACAUGUGCAUUCUUAGUUGCUAAUUGACCAAAGUUGACUGGUUUGAUGAAUAAACGACGUCUUUCUCCUGAUAACAUUAAAUAAAUGCCAUUCAA